CGCUCCGGUGCCCGCAGCCGCCCGGCGAGGGAAGGGCAGCCGGCCGCGCUGCGGAGCCGCGCCGAGUUCAGAGUCUCUCCGCGCAACUUGGGUUACGCGGCCGGACCUCUGCGGACUGGCGCGGGGCUUCCAGGGCGCGAUUGCCUUUGCAUCGUCUCGCGGCUGCAAAAGCAGAUAAUUGACUAAACCCAACAGAAAUAAAACAAACUCAGGCUACCUAAAAGUUAGGAUACCUUUUUUUUUUUUCCCCACCCCGUUUCUUUUACAAUUUCAUUCCCUAUGUGGAAGUCGUGUGUGAUUCGCGCUCGGCACACUGCAUGGGAAGAAGCGGCUAGUGCUUCGGAUCGAGGAUUUGCUGUUGCAAAGCGGUCUAAGUUCCAUGCAGUGGGGCAGCCUUCACUACUCUAAACGCCUUGAUGAUGUGCUGAGGAGCCCAUGUAAAUUGGCAUCUUGUGCAGAGAAGGCACUUAAGCUACUCCUGGCGUUCUACACGAAUACUCAUUAGUCAUUCUGGAGAUGGACUUGCUGUCUGGAACCUACCUCUUGGCAGUCCUGUUGGCCUGCAUCGUGUUCCAAUCUGGCGCCCAGGAGAAGAAUUACACCGUGCGGGAAGAGCUGCCGGAAAAUGUCCUCAUUGGCAACCUGCUCAAGGAUCUCAACCUAACGCUGGACCCCGACGUGCCCCUGUCCUCCCCGCUGCAGUUCAAGCUCGUCUACAAGACCGGGGACGUGCCCCUGGUGAGGGUGGAGGAGAACACCGGGGAGAUCUUCACGGCUGCCAACCGCAUCGACCGCGAGAAGCUGUGCGCCGGCAUCUUCAGCGAGAACCGCUGCUUCUACGAGGUGGAGGUGGCCGUGCUGCCCGACGAGGUCUUCAGACUGGUCAAGAUCAGGUUCCUGAUCGAGGAUAUAAAUGACAACGCCCCCCUUUUCCCCUCGACAGUUAUUAACAUCUCUAUCCCUGAGAACACGGCCAUUAAUUCCCGCUAUUCCGUCCCGUCUGCCAUCGACCCAGACAUCGGCGUGAACGGAAUCCAGCAUUAUGAGCUCCUCAAGGUGGGUUUCUUUCAUCCUUCUCCGUUGCUAUGUGUGUCACUGUCCUCCCACAAGUGUUGCCAGUCCUCGCCAACCCGUCAGAAACCCCAAGCUGUGUGCUGCACGCAGUCACAGGCAGCCAAAGCUGUGAACUGCAGUUGUGGUGGGGUGCAGGUCCGUGUGAGAGUGUGA